AGCGCCCCGCGGAGCAGCAGCGCCCCGCGGAGCAGCAGCGCCCUGCGGAGCCGGCUGCCGGCAGAGCCCCCAGUGCCUCCGUGGCACUGCUGGGGGCGAGGUUCUCGCUGCUGCUCCUCCGGGCUUGCUGCUGCGAGACCGAGAAGCAGAUGCGGAGGUGAGCGUGCGUGCGGCAGGAGAUGCGGAGCGCGUUUGGCUGAGGUGCCUGGCCCCUGGGAAGCGCUGCGAGCAGAGGCGGAGAGAGGCAGUGGGAAGGAGGCAGGAGCAGAACUGAAGUACAGCGCAGCUGUUUCCGAGUACUCUGGUUCUUUUGGGUGCCUCAAUGAUCGUGAACAUGGAUUCUGUCACUGAAAUCUUCUUGAAGCUGCUCUUUCUCCUGUCUGUUCAUCGCCAGCACAUGGCAGUGGCAGGGAAUAAAUAUAAUUGUGAUGAUCAGCUGGUGCCUGCUUUGCCUCAGUCAUCAUUCAGUAGCUCAUCAGAGCUGUCUAGCAGCCACAGCCCUGGAUUUGCAAGGCUUAAUCGAAGAGAGGGUGCUGGUGGCUGGUCUCCACUUGCGUCCAAUAAAUAUCAAUGGCUUCAGAUUGAUCUUGGUGAAAGGACUGAGAUUACUGCUGUUGCUACUCAAGGUGGUUAUGGGAGCUCAGACUGGGUAACAAGCUACCUUCUGAUGUUCAGUGACAGUGGACAGAAUUGGAAACACUAUCGUCAAGAAGAAAGCAUUUGGGCCUUUUCUGGAAACACAAAUGCAGACAGUGUCGUGUACUAUAAGCUUCAGCAUUCGAUUAAAGCAAGAUUUCUCCGUUUUGUGCCCUUGGACUGGAAUCCAAAUGGCAGGAUUGGCAUGCGCGUUGAAGUGUAUGGAUGCACAUAUAGGUCUGAGGUGGUUGGCUUUGAUGGGAAAAGUUGUCUAAUUUACACAUUAAAUAAAAAACUCAUUAAUGCACUGAAAGAUGUGAUUUCUCUGAAGUUUAAGACAAUGCAAAGUGAUGGAAUUCUCCUCCACAGAGAAGGACAAAAUGGAGACCACAUCACCAUGGAAUUAACUAAAGGGAAGCUGUCCCUACUCAUUAAUUUAGGUGAUACUAAAACUCAUCCUUCUAAUGCCCAAAUUAAUAUUACGCUGGGCAGCCUUUUGGAUGAUCAACACUGGCAUUCUGUUCUCAUUGAGCAUUUUAACAAUCAAGUAAACUUUACAGUGGAUAAACACACUCAUCAUUUUCAUGCCAAAGGAGAAUUCAGUUAUUUGGACCUUGAUUAUGAGCUCAGCUUUGGAGGGAUCCCAGUGCCUGGAAAAUCAGGGACAUUAUCACGCAGGAACUUUCAUGGGUGUUUGGAAAAUAUUUAUUAUAAUGGAGUGAACAUUAUUGACCUGGCCAGGAGGCAUAAAUCUCAGAUCUACAUUGUGGGCAAUAUGUCCUUCUCAUGUUUAGAGCCACAGGUGGUUCCUGUUACAUUUCUGAGUUCCAGCAGCUUUCUGGCGCUGCAAGGCACAUCAGGGCAAGAUGAAGUAUUUGUCAGUUUUGAGUUUCGCACUUGGAACAAGGAAGGACUUCUAUUAUCCAGUAAACUGCACCAGUCAUCCGGUGGUUUCCUCUUAUAUCUGAGUGACGGGAGAAUCAAAAUCAAUCUUCAUAAAACAGGAAGAGUACUGAGUGACAUCGCUACAGGUGCUGGAUUAAAUAAUGGCCAGUGGCAUUCUGUAUCUCUCUCUGUCAAAAGGAGUCGUAUCAGUGUAAGAGUGGACAAUGAUGUGACCACAUCCGCUCAUGCCUUCAUACCUCUGCAGAUUUAUUCAGAUGUUUUCUACUUUGGAGGCUGUCCUAGCAGUGGAAACAUUUCUGAAUGUAAUACCUCAUUUGGUGGUUUUCAAGGGUGCAUGCAGCAUAUUUCCAUUGGUAACAAAGCAGUGGAUGUGAUCUCUAUUCAGCAAAACGGUUUUGGCAAUUUCAGUGAUCUUCUCAUAGAUUUAUGUGGCAUUACAGACAGGUGUUUGCCUAAUUACUGUGAACAUGGUGGUGAGUGCUCACAGUCCUGGAACAGUUUCCACUGUAACUGUGCCAAUACUGGUUACAAGGGAGCUACUUGCCACUAUCCCAUCUAUGAGCAAUCAUGUGAAGCCUAUAAGCACAGAGGGAACACUUCAGGCUUUUACAAUAUUGAUUCAGAUGGAAGUGGCCCCUUGGGACCAUUUCUCGUAUACUGCAAUAUGACAGAUGCAACAUGGACAAUUAUACAGCAUAACAGCACCAACCUAACCAGAGUUAAAAGUGCUAAUCGAGAGAAUCCACACACUGUGUUUUUCAAGUACUCUGCCAGCCUAGACCAGCUUCAGGCUACAAUAAACCUUGCAGAUCACUGUGAACAGGAGCUGGCUUACUACUGCAAAAAGUCAAGGCUUUUAGAUAAGUCAGAUGGGAUGCCACUGAGCUGGUGGAUUGGAAGAACCAAUGAAACUCAUACUUACUGGGGAGGUUCCUUGCCUGCUGUACAAAAAUGUGCUUGUGGACUGCAGGGAAGCUGCAUUGAUUCCCAGCAUUACUGCAACUGUGAUGCAGACAGAGAUGAAUGGACAAAUUAUACUGGCUUCCUCUCCUACAAGGACCAUCUACCAGUAACUGAAAUUGUGAUCACAGAUACUGACAGACCAAACUCGGAAGCUGCUUACAAACUGGGGCCUUUGCUUUGCCGUGGUGAUAGAACAUUUUGGAAUUCAGCUUCCUUCAACACAGAGACAUCCUACCUGCAUUUCCCCACCUUCCAUGGAGAAUUCAGUGCAGAUGUCUCAUUUUUCUUUAAAACUAUUGCAUCCUCAGGAGUGUUUUUAGAGAACCUGGGAAUUCAAGACUUCAUAAGGAUAGAGUUACAAUCUCCAUCUGAAGUGGCUUUUUCAUUUGACGUGGGAAACGGACCUAGCGAAGUCGUAGUGCAAUCACACAAUUCCUUAAAUGACAACCAAUGGCAUUAUGUGAAGGCUGAGAGAAAUGUCAAAGAGGCUUCCUUACAAAUAGAUCAACUUCCUCAAAGAUCUCAGAGUGCUCCACCUGAUGGACAUAUCCGCUUGCAACUCAACAGCCAGCUUUUUGUAGGUGGAACAGCAUCCAGGCAGAAAGGAUUUUUGGGAUGCAUCCGUUCACUACGGUUGAAUGGAAUGGCCCUUGACCUGGAAGAGAGAGCAAAGAUAACACCAGGAGUUGAACCUGGCUGUCCUGGACAUUGUAGCAGCUAUGGUAACCUGUGUCACAAUGGUGGCAAAUGUAGAGAGAAAUACAGUGGAUUCUCCUGUGAUUGCACUUUCUCAGCCUAUGCUGGGCCAUUCUGUAAGAAAGAGAUCUCUGCCUAUUUUUGGACUGGCACUUCUGUGACAUACAACUUUCAAGAAUACUACACAUUAGCUAAAAAUUCCAGUUCUCAUGCUUCUUCUUUCUAUGCUGACAUGACGCUGGCCAGGGAAGCAAUUACAUUUGCCUUUCGAACAACACGGACACCAAGCUUACUGCUCUAUGUCAGCUCCUUCUACAAGGAGUACCUCUCGGUCAUUCUCACCAGGAAUGGAAGUUUACAGAUUAGGUACAAACUAGAUAGCCAUCAAGAUCCUGAUGUCUUCAGCAUCAGUUUCAAAAGCAUGGCUGAUGGACAGCUACAACAUGUGAAGAUAAAUAGAGAGGAGGAAACACUUUUUGUAGAGGUUAACCAGAAUGAAAGAAUGAAGUUUAUUCUGUCUUCAGGCACAGAAUUGAAUGCAAUCAAGUCUCUCACACUUGGGAAAAUUUUAGAAAACAGUGAUGUAGAUGAGGAGAUCAUAAAGGCAAACUCUCAGGGGUUUGUUGGCUGUCUAUCUUCAGUGCAGUUCAACCACAUCGCUCCUUUGAAGGCUGCACUGCACCACAGCAGCUCAGCCCCUGUCAUUGUAAAAGGGCGUUUCACUGAAUCCAGCUGUGGUGCUUUAACUGGAGCUGACUCAACAUCAAGUGAAACAACCCAUUCAUUUGCAGAUCACUCUGGACCAAUAGAUGAGGGAAAGCCCUUAGCUAAUGCAAUCAGAAGUGACUCUGCAAUUAUUGGAGGUGUGAUAGCAGUUGUCAUAUUCAUUGUACUUUGCAUCACGGCCAUAGCCAUACGCAUUUAUAAAAAAAAAGGCAUAUACUCAAAAAAUGAGGCAAAAGGAUCUGAAAACGAAGACAGUGCUGAAUCUGCAUUGAAAAGUGAGCUCAGCAUGCAAAAUACAGCCAAUGAAAAUCAAAAGGAAUACUUCUUCUGAUUAUCAUUAAUGUUUUAAUUUAAUAUAAUAACGUGACAGUCUGACUUUCUUGCUAAGCCAGGGGGCUCUCACUGGGCAGAAAAAGUUCUUGCACACUACUCUAAAUGCAAUGGAUUUGAGACUUGCUAUACUGGAUAUGUUCAGUCUCAGUGAUUGCUGUAGCGGGCCUCUUUGAAUUACAUGCAUUCCUUAGCUAUUAUACCGUAAAUGCAUUUUAUGUAACAGUGAAUUAGAUAUUGUAACCAAUUUCAUUGUUGGUAGUUUCUGACUGUUCUAAUGUGACCUUCUACAAAUGAAGUUUAAUGUACACACUGAAUAUGAUUUUUGAAUGGGAAAAUUGUUAUUAAUUUAUUCCUAUCCUUUUCUUUAAAAUUUGAUUGAUGAUUUUUUUGUUCAAGGUGAAAAGUAGAUUCUUAUACUUUAUGUUACUAAAGAAAUUCUGCUGUGCUGCAUUAUGGUGAUCCGUCUUACUUCCUCAAACUGAAAAUGCCUUUUGAGCUGCUGUUGGCUGGUGUCAGCAUCUGCUUGUGAGCCAUGGCAUUUGAUGUCCAGAACAAACUGUAUUUUUUUUCUCCCUGGGAUGUGACUGAUAUCUUCAUUAUCCCUUCCUUUUGUCAGGCUUAGCAGAACUGAAGAGUGUACAGUGGGUUGAAAUAUUUAGAAUCUCUUUUGCAGUAGAUUUUCACUUACAGUCAGGUGAAGGCACCAAGAGACUCAUGCACAUUCUGGGUAUUUUGAAUAAAACUGGGGGGGGAAAGGCAAGACCUUUGGAAAGAUCAAGUAAAACACUAGCAAUAGUUAAUUUAUCAAGAAUGAAUACACCAAAAGAUGGUCAAGGUCACUGUCCCUCAAAAUUAGUGAUGAUGCUUCUGUCAAAAAGUAAUGCUCAGUGCACUACGUGGGAUGUAUUCUCUGAAACUGUUGUAUCUAUGAUUUUUUCCAGACCUCAAGACUAUUUUGUUCUAUGUUAUAGAAAUUAUACAGUGUCUGCCACUUGAACACUUUAAUCCUGCACUUUUAAUAGUACCUACUAUACCUCUGUGAGAAAAGGUCUGAUUACGCCACUCAAAAUUAAACAUUUGCUUACUAUGCUGACAGAGUAAAUUAAAUAUAUUUAUAUUGUACAAACAAACUGUUAGAUAUGAGGGCUAGGUGUAAGUUGUCUAAAAAGAAGAAUGUAAGGUCACUUUAGACACCAUGGGGUAUCUGAAAUACCCAUAUGGCCUGAUGUGAAUGUCAGAGAUUCUACAGGUUUAUGUCUUUUGGAAGACAUACACAGGAAUUGGGUAGAAGGCAUUAAAAUGGCAUUAGAUAUUUAGGUAUAUUUAGGUAAUUGACCCACACAAAGCAUUUUUUUUUGUUUUCCCCAGUCAGAUGACUGGAUGUCUAAAGCUUGGAUCUGAGAAUUUCUGUGACCUUGUAGACUUGAGUUUGAAAUUUAAAUACCUUCCAGAAUUUAUUUAUACCUACUCCCACUGAAAGCAAUGAGAGCAAUCAUUGUUUUUCUAUUCAAAAAAUAAAUGCUAGACCCCAGAUUCUGAAGUUUAGAAAAUGUUUAUUAUAGGUGCCCAACAACAUUAUUAAGACAUGGAAAACUGACAUGAUAUGGCAAAACCCUUAAUAUGUAAAUUUAUUUACAUAAAUGUUAAUUGUAAAUAUAAAUGUCCAGCAGAUGGUUUAGUUUAAGACUUAUUUUCUUCCAUCAGUCUUUACUUUCAAUUUUCAGAAUUCUACCAUUCCUUUCUACUUCCCUCUAUACAGAUUUACUUAAUUUUUAGGAAAAAUUUAUUUCCUUCUUUAGGGUGCCUGGAUGCUCUGCAAUCAUAAAUUGUUCCGAUUAACAUGUUGUGCUUUCUUGUUUUCAUUUUUGCAAUUCUGUUUGCAUCUCUGAUAGAUUAAUCAGGCUGAGGACCCAGGAUCAAAAACUGUAUCCAUGUUGUGGAUUUGAUACAGUUUGCUUCAUGAUAAGAGGUCACCUUUAGGAAGGCCAGAGUUGCACUUAUUGGCUAUUCCAAAUAAGUGAUGAAAAAUAUCCUGUUUGUGGAUGGGGAGUGGUGGAGGUGAAAGCCUCACAUGACCCAUGGCAAGAAGACUUUUAAUUAUUACGUUUACUACAUGGAACCUUCUCAUCUACUUACUUUGAAGUGAAAAUUAUGACUUCUUUUUGAGGCCAUGACCUAAAUUGAAUUAAAUUCAAGAGAAGCCCUCCCAUGGACUUCUCUGCAGCCAAAGCCUGUGCAUUUCAGUUUUUCCCUUUCUGCUGCAGACAUGUAGGUAUAAAUGGCUCUUAGUGCCACUUAUAUCAACAGAGCCACCUGCAGGGAUGUGUCCCAGUCAAUUCCAUACUCUAUCAUUGUGGGAUGUAGUAACAAUGUGGGAUAAAACCUACAAGAUGAUGGUAAUAGUACACCAAAGCAGAUAUUUUGACUGAAUAAUAAAAACACGUUUUCUUUUAUCUUAACUCUUAUAUGAGAGUUGCUGAUAUAAACCUAAUAAAGUGUAAAUUUUACCCACAACAGGACAGGUUGGAAGAAUGUAAACCUAACUUUUAAAUCAGUUGGUCUUAGUUUUAUUGCCUUGUAAAUUUUUAUUGUGUGUCUUCAUGGAGAGAAAGUUCUCUUUCCUUACUUUGUUUUGUUCCAAAUGAACACCUUCUUCCCUUAUUCCUUAGAGUUUUAAAUUGAACAUUUAAGGAAGGGGAAAGCUUAGUAAAAUCCCUAUUUCACAGACUGGAUAAAAAGGCGGAGGACGAUAAAAAUGCCUGUAUGAGUGGCACGCUAUUUCAUUCAAAGACUUCUUUUAAGGCAUUCUAUUUUGUGAGGGAUUCUAAGAGGGAAAAGAUAUAUGGAUUUUGUUGGAUGAACAUCUCUAGAUUUAUAGAAUAAAUCUAUUACGUCUCCCUGAAGAUGUAAAUGCCCAUUUUCAUACGUAGAAACAGUGAUCAUAUGUUUGUCACCUUAAACUAAAAUAUACAUGCUUGAAAUCAAUGAAGCAGCAUUUUUCAUUACUUGCUGCAUUUCUAUGGGGAUAAAAAAAAAUGGUGGCACCGAAGUGCGCUAAAAUGUCAUAGAACAUUGUGCUGUCCCUUUUUGAUUCUCUAUGCCAUUGUGUGAUUUUCACCUCACUGUUAAUAAAGACUUUUUAAAAUAAAGUGAGGAAAAUAUUUUUUAAAAGAAUUUGUAUUAAAAAAGUUAAAAACUGACAACAAUAUACUGAUUUUUUUUUCAACAGUAAAUAUAUGUAGAAGUGCACAUAA